UGAUGUUCAUGAGAAACUACCAAAUGAACACUACUUCAAUGAGGUCUGAUGUCUGACAAUAUCCUAAGCCAUGCUGAUUCACCGUAAACUGCUUAUUUCAGCUGACAGCAGCAGUAUAAGACUCACACUGGUGUGUAGCAUCAUGCAACACCAGUGCCUCACCACGCUGAGCUUUUGACCUUGCCCUGUGACCUUCUCAUUUCAUUAAAACGUGUUGACAUGUCGAACAUGCUGGAUAUCUCUUCUGCGUAAAAAGCAUGAGCAUGAAAGGAGGGCACAUUGUGACUAAGGGAAGGAGGUGUACGGUUCUAUUCGUGGUGCUUGUACCAGCUGCUUCUAGUCCUGCUGGAGACACAUGAUUUGAAAUGAUCGAUGUCUGUUGAUGUCAAUGACAGCAGGAACUGAUCCCAGAUUCUUGAAAGUUUGCUGAGGGUCCAGCAGAGGUCAGCCAUGUCGUACAUCAACACAACCGAGUUGCAGUCGCUCCUGCUCUCCUUCCUACAGCACUGCCUCAACAGCACAAAUAAACUAUCUCCACAAUUACCACAGAACUACUCCUCCCAACAGCCUGUGCACUAUGUGGCUGGAGCGAAGGCUCGCGCUCAGUCUGAGGGCAUGCUGUACAUCUUUCUCGUGGUGGGCAUGUUCAGCUUCUUCACGUUCGGCAUCAUGCUCAGCUACAUUCGCUCCAAGAAGCUGGAAAACUCUCACGAUCCGUACCACCAGUACAUCGCCCACGACUGGAGUAAGGUGAUGACUCCGUCCAGGGUCGUCGCCCAGGCUCUGCACAGGGAUGCUGCGGGUAACGGAGCCAGAAGCAAGGAGCCUAUCGUCAUCUGCAACCCUGCAACACUGCAGCACAUGUCAGACUAGAAUUGAGACGUUCAGCUAUUUAAA